CUCGUCUUCUUUAGAGCUCGGUUCAAGUUCCUUAUGCUGAUUCUUCGCGAGUGGAUACGAGAUUGCGAUGAACAUUCCUCUUGUAAGCCGCCGCAGACAAUACUACCAACUCGCAUACUCGAUGUGGGUACACCUGAUUGCCCCGAAGUGCAUCUUUGGGAUCCAGUUCCCGAGGGCACUAUUGGGAAGUAUGUUAGCUUGAGCUACUGCUGGGGCGAAUCACCUGAGUUCACGACGUCUCGCGCCAACCUAGAAGCAAGGAAAGCCGGAAUCACUGUCGCAGAUAUGCCAGCGACAUAUCAGGAUGCUGUAAAGCUUACGCGUGAGCUCGGCCUACGCUACCUUUGGCUCGACUCUCUGUGUAUUUGUCAAGAUGAUGCGGCAGACUGGGAGAGAGAAUCUUCGAAAAUGCUUUCGAUAUACUCAAACGCUUAUCUUACAGUUUCUGCAGCAAGAGCGAAGAACACCUCUGAGGGAUUUCUGGGCCCGCGAAUCAAACGAACAUUUGUAGAGCUACUAUAUACUCGCGAUGGGUUGCAACAAAGUGUUCUUGCAUUCAAUUUGCCACUCCAACAAGAACUCUUAAAAGAAAAGUACAUCGACCUGGGGGAUGAACCUCUGUCCCAGCGCGCGUGGAGUCUCCAAGAGAGAGCUCUUUCCAGUCGGACUCUUAUAUAUGGUUCUGAACAAAUGUACUUCGAGUGUCACGAAGGGUUCAAAGGCGAAGAUGGCCUGUGUCUUGAUGAACCGGAGAAUCCCCAGUCCCUAUAUUGGCUGCAUCGUUUAGACCUAGAAGGAAAAUCCGAGACCGAUCUUCUCCAUGAAUGGUCCUUUAUGCUUACUCUAUAUGGCCCAAGAAGUUUGACGUGCGCAUCCGACAAACUGCCAGCCUUUUCAGGGAUCGCUAGUCUCUACGCAAAAAAGCUGAACCAAGACUACCUCGCUGGUCUAUGGAAGAACCAUCUCGUCGAGGGUUUGAUGUGGCAAAGCCUCAGUUUCCGGCGAGUCGAAGAGUACCGCGCACCCUCGUGGUCGUGGGCAUCAGGCGAUGGAAUCCCACCGUUCGGUCAUAUCGGGGAAUAUAAUGAGAUUGCCGAAAUUCUCGACGCAAAAGUAACGUUGAAGGGUAGUAAUCCGUUUGGCGAGGUCACGGAUGGACGUAUAAAGCUCCGCGCACCCAUGGAAAAGCUGUAUAUGAUGACAGAAAACUUCGAUCCGGAAGCACCUGGGCACUUUCCUUAUGACAACAACGUCAAUAUACGCACCGCAAAUGGAAAUCAGGAAGGGUUUCACUCUCGCUUCGAUUUUGAUUUUACCGCUGAUGACGCCGCGCAAGAGGCUUUAAAGAUCGUCAAGAGUUUGGAAAACGUUGACAUUUUUGCCUUGUUUCUGUCGAUUGACAGACACGGACUAAAGAACGAGGUGGACGAGUCCGGUACAUACUUUGGAUUGAUUGUGAAGAGGGUAGGCGAUACAGAGAUGUACAAACGACUCGGCUUUGUGCUAUGUGAUAAGGAAGAUAUCGGAAGAGAUUUGGAAAAGGGUGGCAAAGAGGAUUACCACACAGUUACGCUUGUCUGA